CGCGACUGUGACACCAGCAGCUGUGGACAGGAUGGCAUAUCUACUUUUUUGGACUAUAACGCUUCUAGCAGGUUCCUGUUAUGCUAGUGAGCAUAAUAGGAUAGUAGGCGGUAGUCCCACCACUAUCAAUGAAUACCCAUCCAUUGUCCAAGUGGAAUUUUUGGGGAUCUUCACUGAAGCUUGGUCACAGUCGUGUGCCGGUAGCAUCUUAAACACGAGACACAUCCUAUCUGCAGCUCACUGCUUUGAGGGGUUUUUCUACGAACCAAGUAGGCGUCGCAUCCGAGCUGGAGCUACUUUCCGUAACACUGGUGGUAGUGUCAUCUAUGUAGAGAGAGAAUUUAACCACCCAACUUAUGGAACCUUGGGUUAUGAUGGUGACAUCACUGUGGUCCGCUUGAUGGCACCGCUGACAUACAACCCUGUGAUCCAACAAGCCCCAAUCGUCGCUCCUGGUUCUGUCAUACGUGACGGUAGGCCAGUCAUCCACGCUGGCUGGGGUGCUAUUUCGCAAGGUGGCCCUGCAUCCAGCCAGCUUCUUGACGUCACAAUUUAUACCGUCAAUCACGAGCUCUGCCGCGACCGCUACCUCACCCUCCGUCCUCCUGCUACCGUGACCAGGAACAUGAUCUGUGCUGGUAUCCUCGACGUUGGUGGCAUGGAUGCUUGCCAGGGUGAUUCCGGUGGUCCGUUGUACUACGGUGACAGUGGAGUGCUCAUCGGUGUGGUGUCCUGGGGUAACGGCUGCGCCCAGGCAUUCUUCCCGGGAGUCAGUGCCGCCGUCGAACCCUACGUCGACUGGAUACAAUCGAUUGCUGAAUAAAAAAAAACUGAAAAAUUCACCCUUAGCGUCUUGUUAAUAAAAACCAUG